CACAAAAGCUUUUACCUCAAAGUGAUAGAACCGGAUAAAACAGUACAUCUGAAAAGUGAAUCUUCCGUUUACACAUGCAUCUUGCAAAACCGUGUCAAAUCGAUUCCACUGGAAGAUCGUGAUUCACCGCGUUGGCACUCGAAUGAUCUGGCAAUCAAAUCAAUUGGGAAUCGUCUGAUUCUCGACGUGGACACCGAUAUCGGUCUGCAUGUGGUAUAUUGUUUAUACAACCUGAAUGACUUUACUCUGCAAAUCAAUCGAACAUUUCUUCUUUGUGACAAUCAGGCCGUAUAUAUUCAUUUGGAACCGGAAAACAUUUUCCUCAAUCCCGAGGAGAAUGAUAUGCUGCAAGCAGAUCUGAUCUGGGAUUGUCCAUUGGACAAGCUGCACCGUGGAAACAAAUUUCACGUCACAUGCAAUGUGACUUAUCAAUGGCCAAGUGGUAUUAAACCGAUUCAAUUUACCGAUCGACUCGAUUUGAUCGAACUUCAAGCCGGUUUCGCCCGAUUCAUCUGUUUUAACGAAGAAAGCCAAUAUUCGCAAAUUUUUGAUAGGAAAAUAUUCGACGAAGGAGACUUUCAUACACAGUGCAUUCCCACAAAAACGAUUUUGUUGGAACAAACUGUACAAACAAAGCAUCAAUUGUGUGUCCGUGAACUGAAUCGAACAGAGCCUUGGAUUAGUGCGAUUCCCGAGGAAGAAUGGCCCAGUCAACCGUUUGAUUGCUUCGAUCCACAAGGUGUUUUAACGAUCACAAAUGGCAUUCUGCACCUGACAGACAGACACGUACCGGGAGGUCAAUACCGAAUAGUUUGUUCCGGAACACAGGACGGCACUCUACUCACGCUUGUUGAUUCUACCAUCCAACUUGUUGUUAUACCAAAAUGGAAAUUUUUCGUUUUGGAUAGCAGUAUUCAACCAGGUUUCGGUUUCCAAUCGGUCACACAAACCACAAUGAACUCGGAGCUACUUGAACUGUCCAAUGUGGUUUGCACCUUACCCGGAUUACCCCAAAUUGGCCAACUUCGGAAUGGUGCUCAUAAUUACCCGACCGUUACGCUUGAAUCAGCCACCUUUGGCAAACAAUCUGGUUUGCACGUAGUACGAUGUGAGACACUCGAUGGACUUGUGGUUCGUGAAACUUUACUGUCCGUGGUUGCCCCGAACGAUGUGAAACUGAUGAUUUUCGGAGCCAAUCACACAAUUCAUCGUCAAGGGGAUUCGUUCAGCUAUUUCUGUCAGGUGUUCCAACCCUUCUGGAUAUCCAGUUUAGUACAGCCCAAAUUUGUACCACCAUAUCCGACUGGCUUAGAGCUGUACAAAAAUCGGGCUAUACUCAAAAAAAAUAUACCACUGGGCGAGCAUCAUUUGACGUGUAUUCUGGACGAGAAUGGCUUAUAUGCCAGAAUAAACAUGACUUUCAAGGUUGUUCGUAAGUGA